AUGGCCCACCCUUCACAAGCCCUCAGAGGGCAACUUGCUGUGGCCCCAUUACACCCAGUGUUUCCUAAGACUCAGCUGCCUCCUCUUCCACAGGGCCUGUCCUGUCAGGGGUCCCCUGUGAAUGUGCACGGAAAGCCUAAGAGAGGGGCUGCUGGGCGGGACCCUUGGGAACUGGGAGGCGCUCCAGGAGGCCCCGAGGCCUGUGAAGCCCGAACGCCUGUUGGUCCAGGUGCCAGGCUCUCUGCUCAGGCCUCUGAUCUGGGCCAUAGGCAAAGACCCUCAGGCUGGUUUCAGAGACCCCAGCCUACCCCUCACUCAGCCCAGCAGAUGAAGCUCAAUGUGGCUACAGACCCAAGUUUUCAAACACAACAUUGUUACAAGUUCAUGAACUGCUUGAAGUCCAGGAAGGUGAGUUCCCAUGGCAAGUUAGAAAUGACAUUGGAAAACAUCACUGUAGUCAUGGGAUCCAGAAAACUCAACGAUGUUCACUUGGAGAGAAAGCAAGUGCAGAAGAUAAUUAUUCACAAAGACUAUAAACUGUCUCACCUGGACAGUGACCUCUCCCUGCUGCUGCUUGCCACACCCGUACAAUUCACUAACUUCAAAAUGCCCAUCUGCCUGCAGAAGAAGGAGAAGAUCUGGGACCGGUGUUGGAUGACAGAGUGGGUGACGGCUCCUACGUACAACCAAAAUGACAACUUAAACGUGUACCUGCAGAAGCUAAGAGUGGUGCAGAUUAACCAGAGAACAUGCAGCCAGAGGGUAGACCAGCUCUCCAGGAACAUGCUUUGUGCCCGGAAAGAACCAGGCACCAAAGGCAAUUGCCAGGGAGACAGCGGGGCACCUAUGGUCUGUACUAUCCACGGAAACAAGAGGCUCUUCCAAGUGGGUGUCUUCAGUUGGGCCAUAAGAUCUGGCUUCAGGGGGAGGCCAGGUAUGUUUGUGUCUGUCGCUCGGUUCCUUCCGUGGAUCCAGAAAGAGACAGAAAAGGAGGAGAAAGCCUAUACCGUCUCAGGAGCCCAGAGACGCUCCCUACCUCGUGUUCUGCAGUACCCUUUAUGGUUAGGCUUGGGGUCUCAAAUGCUGCUUACCCAUGUUUACUGGUGA